UGAAGGGGGUGUGGCACCAAAACAACACGAGUUCGAGUUACCAGAAACAGAAAAUCAACGCGUGAGACCAUCCUGGAAAGUUCACAUUUUCAUCCUAAAGAUCGGAAAAUUGGAUCAUGAGACACGCGUCCUUCAUCGCACGAACUGUGCUCGUCCAGAAUGGAAACGUCGAACAGGCAGUUAGGCUCAUUAACCGAAUAAUGGGCCGCGAGGGCUUUCUCGAGCAAUACCGUUUGACGAGAUAUUACGAAAAGCCUUUCCAAACAAGACGGAGAAUAAACUACACAAAGUGCAAAGCGAUCUAUAACGAAGAUAUGGACAGAAAAAUCGAGUUUUUGCUGCGAAAAAACAGAGUCGAGCCUUUCCCAGGCUACUGCUAGUUUCUCAGUGUAUUUGAUAAGAUGAAUUAUAAAACUUAGUCAAGUCAAA